AUGGCGGAUAUAAUUCCUGUGAUUGAGUUUCCCGACUACGCCGUCGACCCGACAGGGGGUAAUCCCAUUACUCAUGAUCUUAACGCUCCAUACGACAAGGGCGACCUCUGUUGGGUUCUGGUUUGCACAAUCCUGUGCUGGCAAAUUACCCCAGCUAUCGGGUUUCUGUAUGCUGGAAUGCACCGCCGAAAAGCAGCCUUGACCAUGCUUCUGCAGUCUCUCUUCUGCGCGUCUGCAUGCGGGCUUCAGUACUGGCUUUACGGUGCUUCGUUAUAUCAGUCAAGGACCACGAAUCCAAUCUUGGGUGACUUGUCUCUCGGGGUAUUCCACAACCUCCUCGCGUCCCCUUCCUUCGCAAAUUCCGACAUCCCUGACAUCCUGUAUGCCGCGUUUGGUUUGACUUUUGUCACGGCCACAGCCAUGAUUUUGGCAGGCGCGAUGCUUGAGCGCGGUCGUCUUUGGCCUAGCAUGCUCUUCAUUCUCUGCUGGACUACUUUCGUUUACUACAUUCUGGCAUAUUGGGAGUGGAACCCCAGUGGUUGGCUAUACAAGCUCGGCCUCUACGACUUCGCGGGUUCCGGCCCUGUUCAUAUUGCCAGCGGCUUCGGAGCUCUUGCCUGGUCCAUGAUGCUUGGCCCUCGCAUCAGCGACGAUAUCUCACUGAAGAAGAACAAGUACGCACCGCACUUCAAGCCGCAUAACCCUUUGCUCAUGGUCCUCGGCACGGUCCUCAUCUGGUUUGGUUGGUUUGCAUUCAAUGGUGCUAGCUCGGCCAACCUCAGUCUACGGUCCAUAUACGUUGUUAUCAACACGAACUUUUCUGCUUGCGGUGGAGCCGUCACCUGGGUAUUGCUCGAUUAUAUAUAUACCAAAAAGUUUAGCCUCGUUGGAUUUUGCUCUGGAGUCAUCUCUGGAUUGGUCGGCAUUACUCCAGCGGCAGGUUUCGUACUUGUAUACGUGUCGCCUGUAAUCGGCAUUCUUACCGCAAUUUGCUGCUUCUUCACGGUCCGAUAUCAGUAUCUCAUCCGUGUUGACGAUGGCCUCGACAUCUUCGCGAUUCACGGUGUUGGUGGCUACGUUGGCGAUGUUCUCACCGGCAUCUUUGCGCACAAAAUGGUUCCUGCGCUCGAUGGUGUUAGUGGUGACACCUACGAGGGCGGAUGGUGGAAUGGUAACUUUCGACAGCUUGGCUUGCAGCUCGCUGGUGCGACGACUUGCGCCGCAUGGUCCUUCUUCAUCUCAUGCAUCUUGUUGUUCGUCAUCAACAGAAUUCCUGGAAUGCAGCUGCGUGUGACGGAGGAGGAAGAACGCCGCGGGCUCGACUUUGUUUUCAUUGAGGAUGCUAUCUCGGACUAUGACGGGGGAGAUUUGUUCAUACAUAACGGCCAAGCUGUUGAAGUUCCUCUGCAGGAAAAGAGUGCUUCAAAAAGCGCAUAA